AGUUCGAUACUGGACGUGGACACCAGCUGGCAGCCCUGUGGGCUCCUCGGCACCUCUCAUAACAUCUUGUGCGGGGGGCCAGUCUGCAAAAUGCUUAAGCAGGUCAAACAGUUUCUGCAAGAAAAUAGACAGGAAGUCGUUGCCAUCAACUUUAACCACGAGAUGCAAGACAUGGACAGAGUUAUGCCAGCUUUACUGCGUCAAGUGACCUCCCAGCUGGGUGUUUAUGUCAACACCGGGUAUCGUGAUGGAGGCACCUGGCCUACCCUGGGGCAGGCUGUUCUAUCCAAUAAACGUCUCUUCGUUUUUAUCGACAAGCGCGUGGCUCAGUUUCCAGAGUACGCCACCGCCAAGUGGAUUCACUCUGAAGACUUGCUGAAGAGUACCUGGCGAUCGGACACUGCUGUUACAGCGACUGACUGUCAAGCGGUGCUGCGGGCUGUGGAUGUCCAGUGUCAACAGAAGGCUCGGGAGCCCAUCUUGGAAGUAUCUGUGUUUGGUUCUUCUUUGAUCUGCGUGUCCUCCAUAGCCAAGGCCUGCCAACCGCUGCUUCACCAAGUCGCUCGUGCAUGUGCCACCACAGACAUGCGCAGAACAAGCGCCCAACGUCUUGCUGCAUCUGACUAUCCGGAGAUGGCGCCUCUGAUCGCCAGUCAGUGGGUGUCAGCAGCUUUUCACCAAAACCUGCGCAAUCUGGCCCAGCUGUCAAGCCACGUGUGUCAGGUGUCGGUGGAUGCUGUCACGUGGGACGGUGACACAAGUGACACAUACUUCUUCUCCGGCGACCGCGUGCUUACCUACAGCUGGCAGACCGGCCUACAAAAGUCUGCUGGGACAUCGUCAGACCUCCGACUUCCGGCCAACGUCGAUGCUGCCUUUCUGUCUACUAGUGGCCUUGUCUGCGUCACUAGCGGAUGUGACGUUACAUGUCGACACAAGCUUACAUCCGGUUCUGUGAAUGUCACGAAUCUCAAGGACAUGGGGUUACCUUGCCAUGUCAACGCGGCAUUCACUAAAGGGAACAAUACUUUUUUUUUUAAAGAAUGCCAGUACUGGAGGUCAUCUCAAAAUGUCUCUGACAUUGGUCCUCGACCAGUCACUGACUUCGGACCAUUGCCCUGCAACCUGACUGCGGCCUUUGUGGACCGGAAUGGUAUUUCGACUUAUUUCUUCAAGGGUGGGAACUAUUGGAACUACACAGAGGAGAGUGGCUUAUCCGGCCCAGCUGAUAUUCUGGAUAACUGGUCCCUUGACCUUGUGCACUGUUCCCCUUUCAGGCUCUAGCUGGAAACUCAAAAGCUUAUUGAAAAAAAUAUCGUGGAAAGAGUCUUGUGGAAUGUGCACGCAGCUUGAAUACUGUACUUGGAAAUGUUGCUUUUUGUUUUGUCUUUAGAGUAGACUGUCAAAGAUGACACAUGUACCGAUGUUUAUGAAUUAAACGUUUCUUUGACACGAUGUGUCAUGAAUGUCAAGACACCUUCUGUGUAUAUCCAGCUGCAGUUACAGACUGUAGGGUUUAGGGUUAACAUCAAAGUAAUAAGACUUAAACUCUUUCUGAAUAAAGUGAUUACAAACACACAA